GUUCUGAUAAUAGCUCAGGAAUGAUAGGGUUCGCCACUCAGCUUUCUACUUACACGUCUACAAGUACUAACAGGAAUAGCGACGCUUUCUCGUCUUUUAACGUCAAACUUUGAAGAAUUACUGACAGUUACCAUCCUUUGAUAUUACAGUAGUCCCAGAUGGCUGAGAGCAGUCGUUACAUUCCAUUCACACCCGCGGACCCUAACGACUUUGACAUUCGAGCCACCCGAAAUGCUACCGUGGACGCAUUAGACUCGAGCGUCCGACGAGUGCACCGACAUCCGUCCUCAAGAGCAGGUGUCUACAUCGGCAGCGCAGGUACAAUCCUAAUGGACUGGGUCGUCUCCUCCUUACCCGACAUCUCAAUGAAACCACCAUCGUCACUAGCAUUCUCCAUGUCUAUCUCACCUACCCAUUCCGGUGCACAAACGUCUUUCCUUGAGACGAGCGUAGGACCUGCCACGUUGAUGCUUAUACAACAAUUACGGAACGUCCAUUCGGGGAGGGGUGAAAUCAAAAGCGAGACAUGGGAACCUUGCAUUGGGUUAGUCACAGAUGCACUAUACUUCGCAAUUAAUGAGGAACUGGAUGCUCUGGGAGAUGGCUGUGAAGUCCUAUAUGGCCGCGCAGGGUUGCUUUAUGCGCUUUUGAGACUGAGGGAUGAAGUCGGAAAGUUGGCGUUGAGUAAGGAGCAACUGGCGCAACCUGUAGUCGAGGCGAUCUUGGCGGUCUCCGCCGAUGCGAGUAUCAGGUCCCUCGUGGAUGAUAUUGUCGCAAGAGGGAUAGAAGGUGCAGGGUCCUAUGCUGAGGAGUUGCAUUCCGAUGAACGUAGGCUUGCGCCGCCACUCAUGUGGAGUUGGCACGGAAAACGAUACUUGGGCGGGGCUCAUGGCGUCGCUGGAAUACUACAGAUGCUUAUCUCGGCACCAAAACACCUUUUGGUCGACCAUUGGGACAUGAUCGUGAGGACUAUUUCGUGGUUGGUUGAUAUUCAGCUACCAUCUGGAAAUUGGCCGAGUAAAGCUGGGAGACAUAUGUUUAAGAAAGUUGAAGAGGACGAGAGAGAUCAGCUAAUUCAAUGGUGUCAUGGUGCUACAGGGACGCUCAUCCUCCUCUCCACCCUCCUACGCAAGUUCUCUUCACAGUCAACAUCCGCCACAACCAGUUCGUCAACGCACCGAUCAUUAGGUGUACCAGAAACACUUGUAUCAUCGGCUCGCAAAGCUCUAGCUUCCGGAGGUGAUCUCGUCUAUACACAUGGCCUCCUUCGUAAAGGUGUCGGACUUUGUCACGGGGUUGCAGGGAGCGUAUUUGCCCUACUCGCUGUCUCGGAUGCGCUCUCUUCCCCCAUUUCCCCAGGCCCUACACCAAGUACUCAAGGUCAACACGCCGUCGUUAUUGAUCAGUACUUCUUCUACGCCAUUCAUCUCUCCCAACUCGCCCUUUCGUACGAGACUUUGACUCAGAGGGGCGAUAUGAGGGUCCCGGAUAGGCCUUAUAGCCUUUAUGAAGGUCUUGCGGGGAUGUGUUGCGCUUGGGCAGAGGUCGUGAAGCGGCUCGAUCGAGUGUUGCAGGGACAAGCUCAUCGAAAUACGAUCAUGGGGAGUGGGAUGCCUGGGUAUGAUGACCUUGGAGACCUUGAAUGACACUGAAUAUGCUUAAAAUUGAUUGUUGAAUGUUCCAUACGCCGUAGGGCAUUUUGGUUGUCAUUCGAUUGUGGAUGGGGACGAAAUUGAUUCGAACUGUAUUUUUAUGCUUGAUUGUUAUGUAUCCGUAUCUCCAUUUGUAUUUAUAGCUCGUAGUGUAUUGUCGUCCUUUUGAAUCGAGAGCCAGUUCGUAUGCUUAGUCUCGAAUA